GACCGAACAGCUGCAUGGCUGUGGCUUUGAGAUGUUAAUGACUUCCACUGGCCCGCUAUUUGUCUCAUACCGCCACUGCGACCGUCGCAAGCGGAGCGCCGCGCUACUCCAGACACGUUGGAUUGUUGCUGUGAUGUUCAUGUGAUUUUAUUUUUUCCCGUUUUAACCGUUCGUUAUUUUCUCCUUACCCUCGAUCCUUGGUGCUUUCACGAAGAACCUUAGAUCGGCAGUAUGAACAUUAGCUAUCCAAGUAACGAUUGACUACCGUGCGAUUCCACCCGUAGUGUAACAAUCAUUAGCCCGAAUAGCACGUUGAACUUGAUGUGCAGGAGCGAUCCCCAGCAGUCUAAAGAGCUGCUGCGCUACGAGGACCGAAAGUGGACAAGAUCAGUAUCAUCAACUUUCACUGCCAGGCUGAACAUGGCCAGGUAAAGGCGUAGAUGAGUGUAAAUGUCCCAGCUGACACCGAAGAAUGACAGGCUGAUGUCGGAGAAGACAAACAAGGCUGACAGGAUGAAGGAGGAGAAUGUGUUCCGGCGGAGGUUUUCCUUCUGCCCGACUGCGUCCACCCAACAGAAGAUCGACCCCCGCACCUUGACCCGGAACCUGUCGUAUGGAGGAGACAAUGACUCCUACCAGCUCUCUCCUGGCAGCGACAUGGAGCGAGAUGGAAUGGCCAUGCUAAGGGAUGAAUUCAGUCCCAGUCAGUCUCCAAACAGCAAGCUGGAGUCAAGGGUUCUUAAUGGCAAUGAGAAAGAGUGCUCCUCCCCGACCGAGAAGCUGGCCAGGAAAGAGUCCCUCAAACUUCAAAAGAAAAAUUAUCGACAGGAGAAAAAGAGGGCAGCCAAAGAAUUGUUCAGCACUCUGAAGGACCCCAGUAUCGUCAUCAUGGCCAACUGGCUGAAGAUCCGUGGUACUCUGAAGAGUUGGACCAAGCUGUGGUGUGUGCUGAAGCCUGGGCUUCUCUUAAUUUACAAGACCCCCACAGGGGACCACUGGGUGGGCACUAUCCUCCUCAACACAUGCAAGCUCAUUGAGAGGCCUUCAAAGAAGGAUGGCUUCUGCUUCAAGCUCUACCACCCACUGGAGAAGUCCAUCUGGACCAUUAAGGGCCCUAAAGGGGAAAAUGUGGGCUCCAUCACGCAGCCUCUGCCCAGCAGUUACCUGAUCUUCAGAGCUGUGUCAGAGUCAGAUGGCCGCUGCUGGAUGGACGCUCUGGAGCUGGCCCUCAGCUGCUCCAGCCCCUACAAGCUGACCGCCAAGACCGGCCGCGACGGUGACCUCAGCUGCUCCUCCGAGUCCUCACACAUCCUCAGCCUCCUGCAGGCCUCCCCCCUCUCCGACCACGAGCUCUCCCAGCUGGACGAGUCAAUGUUGGAAGAUAGUCACAUGGAGAAUGAUGGCUAUUCUGACAAAUCAGAGAGGGAGGCUCAUGAAGAGUCUGACAAUGGAGCCAAUGAGCACGAGGGGCGGCUGACUGAAGAGAGCGAUAUGGACCAAUCAGAUGAGCUCUCUCCUGACCUCCAGGCCACCUCCUAUGUUGAACAAGCAAAGGAGGAGAUGGGAGAGGCGGGAGAGGCUUCCCAGGUGGAGACUGUUUCAGAGGAGAACAAGGGCCUGAUCUGGACCCUGCUGAAGCAGCUGCGGCCCGGGAUGGAUCUGUCAAAGGUGGUGCUGCCCACCUUCAUAUUAGAACCACGCUCCUUCCUGGACAAGCUGUCUGACUACUACUACCACGCCGAUCUCCUCUCACAAGUACCGACUGAAGAGAGCCCCUACUGUCGCAUCAAACAAGUGUUACGGUGGUACCUGUCCGGCUUUUAUAAGAAGCCCAAGGGGCUGAAAAAGCCAUACAAUCCAAUCCUUGGGGAAACAUUUCGAUGUUGUUGGCUCCACCCCCAGACUGACAGCUGCACCUAUUACAUAGCAGAACAGGUGUCGCAUCAUCCACCGGUCUCAGCAUUUUACGUGUGCAACAGGAAGGAUGGGUUCUGUAUUAAUGGCAGCAUCCUUGCCAAGUCCAAGUUCUACGGUAACUCUUUAUCAGCAAUACUAGAUGGGAAGGCCAGGCUGGUAUUCCUUGCCCGAGAUGAGGAGUAUGUCAUUACGAUGCCCUACGCUCAUUGUAAAGGCAUAUUAUAUGGUACAAUGACCUUGGAGCUUGGAGGGAAAAUCACCAUUGAUUGUGAGAAGACAAAAUGUUUUGCAGAACUGGAAUUUAAACUGAAGCCUUUCCUUGGCGGCUCCAGUACUGUAAACCUUAUUUCAGGGAAGAUCCGCAUGGGAGACGAUGUGCUGGCCACUAUUGAAGGACAUUGGGAUGGGGAGGUGUUCCUCCAUGAGAAGAAGACAGGCCACCAGAUGGUGCUGUGGAGCCCCGCUCCAGAGGUGCGGCAGCAGAGACUGAAGAGGCGGGUGGUGCAGUUUGACCAGCAGGGGGAGUUUGAGUCUGAGAGGCUGUGGCAGCAUGUGACCAGUGCCAUCGUGGCCCAGGACCAGGAGCAAGCCACACAGGAAAAGUAUGUCCUGGAGGAGGCCCAAAGACGGGAAGCCAGAGAGCGAGGGGACAGGGUGUGGACCCCCAAGCUCUUUUGCCUCGACCCGGUCUCCAAUGAGUGGCACUACAAAUACUCCGACACCAGACCCUGGGAUUGUGACACUUGUUUGGUCCAGUUUGAGAAGGACGGGGUGAUCCAGACUAAGGAGAGGCAGCGUCGCAGACCCAACGGGCUUUCAUACAGCCAGAACUGGGUGGCCCAGCAGAAGGCCGAGGGGCCAGGCAAACAAAGGAAGUCCAGCAGCCAGCCGUCCAGCUGCAGUCAGAACACAGAGAGCAGCAGCACCACCCCCGAGCCCACGCACGAGUCCUCCGACAAUGAAGGAUUCAUGACCCAGUGUGUCAGAUGCAACAGAGACGCGAAGGACAUGGCUGGGAUCGUGGCCUCCAUAGCUGCCAUACAGAAGACGCAGCAAGACAUACGCAGGAACCUGUGCGGCCUGAGCCAGCAGAUGUUCCGGCAGAGAAACGCGGAGGAGAAUGUGACGCUGAAUGGCCGCCACUGUCUCAUCCUAUGUGUCCUGCUGUUGCUGCAGCUGUUCAUUAACUAUGUGUUCACAUGAGCGGCGGCACCACAGUCCAGCAAUAUACACAGUCACACCAUCACUCGACUCCAGAAUACCCGUAGAACCGACCCACUCCGAGGCACCGAGCACUUUUGGAGACAGAGAUGAGAGAAAGAUGUUGAACUUCUAAUGACAGGAGACAAAGACAAAAAUGAAUAUUUUAUGUUAUAAAUGUGUGGCAGGAAGAUUUUAAUGUUCCUUCAGUACAACUAGAGGAAGUCCACCUUUGUACUGCUAGCAAUACUGUUUUUCUGUGUUCCUUUGGUUCAAGGCCCCAUGAGACAGGAAUAAUCUUUUCCCCUUGCACGUCAAACUUUGCGCCUUAAUGCUGAAGCCAAAAAAAUGAAGAAAAUGUCAGCAAUGGAAGAAAAAAAAAGAACUUUGGUUGUGCAAUUCCAUUUUAUAAAACUUCUGUUUUUACAAAAGUAGGUCUUGUCUUUAAUAAUGAAAACCAAAACAGUAUUUAUACCCCUUAAAGAUGAGUACAUGUUUACAAGUGUGAAAUCGACAAAAGAAGUGUAUAUAUGUACUGUACAUACGAUAGUGGUGUGGUUUUGCCAAACAGUGCCAAUAUUCCUAAGACAUUCAGAGUAGAAAAAACACAAUUCUUGUGGUGAAACAUGCCAUUUUGAGCAGUCAGUGGAAAUGCAGGGGCAGUUGGGCAUGUUUCCCCCAACAUCUCAAUUGAAAAUUAGUCGCAACUGGUUUGCUGGUCUCCAUGGGGCAGUUAGAGGGAAAGGAACCAGUGUCACAGUUGACCUCUCUGCUAGCACAAUCAUAGCCUAGGUUACUGUCCAAGUUUAGCAACUCCAUGUUUAGAAACCCAAGCAUAGAAACUCCAUAGCUGUGUUUGCUACAAAGAUUCAUAGAGGGUCUGCUCAACAAAAUGAUCCUGGACUAUUACACGAUUUACAGCAGGACAGUGUCUCAAAUUGGUCUAAUUUCAAACUGUACCACAUGAAAGAACCGUACACUACGUGAAUGAAAUACUGUAAUACAUAUAUUUUUUGUCAUUGGAAAUGUUCAUCAAAAUACUUGGCAAUAUUUCACUCUUUUCAAUUUUUUUUAUUAUUUAUUUAUUUGGUUUAAUAGCCUCACAUCUGAAAUGUAUGUUACUUACCUAUGUUACAGGUAUAAUAGCAUUCAGCUAUAAUUGCAAAAUGAAUGUUUUUAGUGUCUGCAUUCUUGUGUCACACAUGAUCAGGUUCAUUGGGGGUUCCAUGUGUUUCAUGUUUUUAGGAGCAAAUUUAUCAAAGGAUUGAGGACAUGAAUGAAUACAAAACCUACCACAAAUAAAACAUUAUGGGAGCAUAUUUGUAAUUUUUAUUGCAGACAGUGUCUGUAGCCACUAAUAUCAAGAGAAACGGGCAUUUCUGAGUUUACAUCCAUUUCUCUUCCAUCAGGUGGCGUCGAAUGGCUUGGCUUUCAUUCUCCUCCUCUCCUCUCUCUCCUUCGCUGUCAUGCUGUCUUGAGGGAAACAGCAGUCCUGUCCACAGACCACUUGUGUUAGCAUUAGCUGUGGGCCAUGCCACUGACAGUUUGGUGUAGUCCUGCCACACCUCCCAGCAACUUUUUUUCACGCCCAGAGAGCCCCUGACAGUAGUGCCUUAUGCACAGGGAAAGACAUACGCCUGACCCCUGUGGCUGGUGACAGCAGUGUUUCCUCUGCAGCCUUUGGCCUCUCGGCUCUGUUCAGCCAGUAGAUGGCAGCACAUGGGGGAACAGGCUGUACCUGUAAUGGGCAGUAGCAGGCAUCAGAGUUUCAGCUACAGGCUCCAGCUUCCUGUUUGCAGAGCCAUCCUCAA